AUGAUAUUUCAACGUUCCAUACGGCAGCAGGCCGGUCUGCUCGCCUCUUCAUCCCGAUGCUCCCUACGGCUACAAGCCCAGAGCCGGGCCUUCCACCGCGUCCCUCAAUUAACCCACGGCUCGCAGUUUAAGGAAAAUGGUGUGCCGGGCGUCCUCUCUCCAGAAGGCUACGAGCUGGCCUGGGUACAGUACCAAUCAUACCUGGUACAGAAGCUCAAUAUGCUCACAGGAGGUACCGCGGAUGAGAAUAUCGGUCCUGGAUCCCUUUUGAUCAAAUACGCCCGUCAAGCGAGCAUGGCUUCCCUCUUCAACUAUGCCUCCAUGGCGCAUAAUAACCAUUUCUAUUUCAACUGUCUAUCACCUACCGCCGUCCCAGUUCCUCAAAAGCUCGAAGAAGCCAUUGUAGAAUCAUGUUCGUCGGUGGAAUCUCUUAAGGAAGAAUUCGUUGCAACCGCCAACGCUAUGUUCGGACCGGGUUUCGUUUGGCUGGUCAAGAUGAAGGACACCGCCCAAUUAAAGAUCCUAGCAACCUACAUCGCUGGCUCUCCAUACCCCCAGGCACACUUCCGCCGUCAACCAGUGGACAUGGCCACACAAACUACCGGAGUCACUGGAGGCGAGAACUUGGAAGCUGUGGGAAGAAUUGCCUCCCGAACAUACGGCUCCAUGGGACCUCUCUCACAACAGAAAUAUAUCGCUCCUGGCGGUGCCGAUAUCCACCCAAUUCUCUGCGUGAACACUUGGGAACACGUAUGGCUGCGAGACUGGGGAAUUGGUGGCAAGGCCGCGUAUUUGGAUGCGUGGUGGGAUAAGAUUAAUUGGGAAGAGGUUGCUCAGAAUUAUAAACAGGCUGGGUCAGAUAUGGGCUUUGACGGGAGCAGGAAAUAA